AUGGCAGCCAAGCUCGGUUACUGGAAACUUAGAGGACUCGGUCAACCGAUUCGUUUGUUACUGGAAUUCGUGGGCGAUCAUUACGAAGAGGUCCAGUACAGCGAAGGGGAUAGGGAGAAAUGGCAAAGCGAGAAGUUCAACUUGGGUCUGGAUUUGCCGAAUUUGCCGUAUUACAUUGAUGGGCAUGUGAAACUGACACAAUCCCUGGCCAUUUUGCGCUACAUCGCCGAGAAGCAUGGAAUGACUGGCUCAACUCCGGAAGAAAGGGCGCGAAUUUCAANAAUGAUCGAAGGAGCUGCAUUAGAUCUUCGCAUUGGUUUAGCCCGAAUAGCUUAUAAUCCACAAUUUGAACAACUAAAACAGGACUACGUGAAGAACUUGCCGACGGUGUUGAAAAUGUGGUCCAACUUCCUAGGAGAGCGGAAAUAUUUGAUGGGUGACUCGGUCACUCAUGUGGAUUUCCUGCUCUACGAAGCUCUGGAUGUGAACAAACAUUUGGAACCACAUUGUCUCGAUCACUUCUCCAACCUGAUUCAAUUUAUGCAACACAUUGAGAAUUUGCCAAAAAUCAAGGCUUACAUGGCAUCGAACCGUUUCAUCAAGUGGCCGCUGCAUGGUUGGGCCGCGCACUUUGGUGGCGGUCAUGCCCCACCAUCGUAA